AUGAACGCAAUGCUCUCCAUCAUUCCUGACACAGCUGAUUACCUAGACGACAUCUUCAUAAUGGGUCGCUCCCCGGCUGAGCUCCAAGACCGAGUGUGCGCAGUGAUUGAACGCGUGCAGGAAUAUGGCUUCCGAUUGCGGGCCGAAAAGUGUCAAUUCUUCCUUGAGUCCAUUAAGUACCUUGGAUUCAUCUUUGACGCCACUAGUCGCCAUCCAGAUCCCGAAAACAUUCUUGCCAUCCAACGGAUGCUUGCAUCCAAGGAUUUGUCACAACUUCGAUCCCAGCCGACUUCAACGAUGGGCAACUAUUCUCCCGGUUACGAUUUUGAUAUCCGCUACUGUCGUACUACUGACUUUGGCCAGGCUGACGCUCUUUCCCAUCUCAUCUGUAAUCAUCAGGAACCUGAGGGAGAUACUGUGACUGCUGCUAUUUCGAUUGAGGACGGAGUGCGCUGUCAGUUGUCGGACGCCAUUCGAGGCAUUCCUGUAACUGCCACCGACAUACGACGCGCUACCGAACUGGAUCCCGUGUUUCGACAAGCUAUCUCCUAUGUACAAACCAGUUGGCCCAUCUCUACUCUCACUGGCGAUCUUCAUCAGCUCUUCCUGCGUCGAGCAUCGCUCUCUGUGGUGGAUUCCUGCAUCAUGUUUGCAGACCGUGUGGUCAUUCCUCCUUAA